AACUGCUUUCUCGUGGGGUUCGCGAAGCAUGUGAGGAGCCCGAACGACGCUGGGGAGAAACCCCCCUUCCUCCGCCCUCCCUCUAAACCUCGAUCGUUCAUCACAGCUCCCCCUCUUUCUAGAGGGGUAAUCCUCAGCAUGUUUGUCACCCACCAGACCAUGUGGAGAUGAUUUGGCGCCAUGGAACCCCAGAGUCUUCUGUGGUCUUCGUUCUGCUGCUGCUGUUUCUCACCCAAUGUGAGUCGAGCAAGGAUUGCAUUUUUCAAUAUGCUCAGUUUGAAACAACGAACAACACUCAGCAUUUUUUAUCUAAAAUUGAAGAACUGAAGCAGUACCUGCUCCUCAAUUACCCAGUAGAUAUGCCAUCCAACCUGAAACCGGAUGGAUUCUGCCAGGAAUUAUGGGAAGUUCAUCUCAUAAACAAAAAGCUGAAGCAUCUGGCCAGCGUAUCCGGGGGAAUCCUGGAGCAAAUGUUCUUCCAUAUAAUAGAUCACUUACCCUUUAUUGAAGGAUGUAACAUUGAGGAUAGUUGUGUCCGUUUUGUGGGGACAAACAUCACUCAGUUCUUGAAUCCCGUUCCUUACCACAUCGGAAAGCUGGCGGACGAGAUGGAGAAACUCAUCAGACUGAAAGAGCUUGCCGACUACAGUAACUGCACCGUUAUUCAGUGCCAACCAGACUCUUUUACUACUCCAGUCCCCGAAAACUUUACCCAUGAUAGAAACCACUCAUCUCAGCAAACCCAACUUCAGAGAUCUCACUGGGGACCAUUUCUACUUCUACUUCUCAUUCCCAUCUCCUGCUUUCUACUCAUGAUGACACGUCCAUUAAGGAACCUAUUUCAGAGGCUCCCAAGGUUUCAGGAAACUCCCGUUUGAGCCUUCAGAGCACCUUUGGGAAAUAAAGCAUCUUCAGGCAUGAAUGGCCCCCUCCAGAAUGAAUGGGAUGGCAUCCUUUUCCUCACAUACCAUCAACAGCAGCACAUUCCCCGCUCCCACUGUUUUCUCCCUAGAGGACUGGACUUCCAUAGCUAUUGGGGGGAGACGCAGUGGGGAGAGAGACUCAUCUGCAGCAUCCCUCCCAGGAGGAGUUGUGUGGCCAUCAGUUCCGGAUUCUUCCACUGGGUGUUGCUGCGCCGCCAUUUUUAUAUUGAGAAGAGUGAGAGGAGAAAGAUAUG